AUGAAGUUCAAGACAGCGAGCGGUGAAAACAUCGCAGACCAUGGGCCCAUCAAGUUGAAGGGCACCACGUCGACCGGGAACAAUGCAACACUGCAUGGUCGUCUGGCGGACGUCCAUCGUGUUCUUGGUUCGGCUUCGGAUAUUUGCAAGACUCACCACGCCGUCCUCGGAGACAAUGGUGGGUAUCUUAUCCCGAAGCAAAAUGCGUUUGGCAAGGAGUUCAACAUGAUGAUGCGAAAGCUGGUGAGAAAAUACCGCGACGACCCCCGCAGCGCUACCAGACUCCACGUAAGGAGCUGGUGUGUACAUUGCAUGCGCGCACGCGGCAAUGUGCAAAGCCAUCCAAGAACGGUUCGUUCUGGAGAGGGAGAAGUACCAACCUUGCACGCCGACUACUUCUUCCUAGGCAGCGACGGAGAACGAGAGGACAUCAUGCCGCACCUAGUGGUGCGAUGCGACAGAACCAGAAGGACAUGGGCAACCUCGUUGCCGCAGAAAGGAGUCCACCCUUUCAACACAAACUGGUUUUGUUCCAUAGUGCGUGAAGCAGGAUGGAAACGCAUGAUACUCUUUUCAGAUGGCGAACCAGCGCUUGUUGCACUAAAGCAAGCCGUGGUCGAAAACAUGAGGGACGUUGAGAUCACUUUGAAGGAAUCGCCUACGUCUGUCAACGAAGAGAACGCGCCGAGCAAUGGCUAUGCUGAAUGUGCGGUUCGAGAGGUAAAGAGAAUGAUUCGAGCUACGCUGUCGGACUUGGAAAGCAAGCUACAGCUCAAGAUCGACCCGAACCACAGCAUACUUACGUGGAUAGCGAGACACGCAGCGUUUCUGUUGACAAGGUUUCGAAUAGGUGACGACGGCAAGAGCGCCUAUCAAAGAGCCGUGGGAAGAGAAUGGAGAAGGCCCACUGUGGUGUUUGGCGAGCAGAUCUUGUUCAAGCCUGUGGGUGCUUUGGGCAAGAAAAGAAGCUCACCGUUGGAACCGCGAGUAGCAAUGGGACGAUAUGUGGGGACAGCGAGUAGGAACGCGGACCUCCUCGUGAUGACACCCACUGGAGUCGUCAAAGGACAUUCUCUCCAUAGGCGAGCCGAAGAAGACCGAUGGUCGAAGGAAGGAUUCGACCAGCUGAGAGGUCUACCGUGGAAAUGGACCAAUCCAGUCGAACGUGCGCCACCGAACCGAGUGGACAUGCCGGAACUUGUGGGAGAACAGCCAAAGCCUGAUCCGAAAGAGUUUAGAGCGAGAAGCCUCUAUGUACUCAAGUCGGACUUGGCGAAGUAUGGCUACACCACACUGUGCCCCGGCUGCAGAUGUUGGAUUUGCCACAGCGAAGCCACAAUGAGGAAUGUCGAUUUCGCAUUCAGAGUCAACCUGCAGAAGGAGAGGUUGCAGCUGAAGAAGCUGCAGGAGCACCAUUGGAACGUCCAAGCCAAAUGCAGGUGGACAACCCAAGUCGAGAGUCACGAAAGCGAGAAGCGGAAAGACAUGUCGAAGAUCUUUAUCAUGAAGAACAAGAAACAGAUGAGCCCGACAUUGUCAGAGCAAACAUUCAAGGUGGAAGUUCAGGAUCUGCAGGUGAAAGAUCCAGAGCAGUUGGACGAUGUGAGCUACCUGGAACAUGAAUUCCACUCGCGAGGCAUGCGAUGCACAAGAAAGGAAGCAGAAGUGAUAUCCAACCUGGUUGGUUCACUAGGUGUGGAUGUCAAAGCAUCUGUUCCUUUGAAUGAAGGACUGUGCCUAAGUGUGGAAGACAAGGGCUGGCGACUUCAGAAGCAAGAUGAAGUUGAAGCCUUGUUCAGAAAGCUCGAAGAAGAGAAGCCAACGCUCGUGGUGGGACUACCGCCCGAUGGACCAUUUGCGGGAGUCCAACGAAGCUACAAUUCUCUUCAGAAGGCGAGCAAAGAGAAAGAAAAGACAGUGCUGGAAGUUGGAAGGAAACAGGUGAGAACCUGUGUUGAAGCAUACAAGUUCCAACUAGGACAACAGAAGUACUAUCUCCAAGAAUGUCCCAAGGGUGCAAAAUCUUGGGAGCACACUCAGUACCAACAACUGAGUGAGGAGUCCUAUGUGGUCGAAGGUCCAAUUUGCAGAUGGACUGUGAACAAAAGCGGUGGAAACUUGGAAGGAAGUUCUUUCAAGAAAAGAACGAGAUGGAUCACCAACUCUGCCGCGCUAGCAGCAGCACUGCGAAAGACAUGUGCUCGAACAGGACAAGAAAGAGUCUGGAAGAGAGAACUUGCGUUCGAGGAGGGGAAAGUUGCAGCGAGACUGUGUUACCCUCCAAGACUCGUGCAAGCCAUUGCCAAAGGCAUCAAAGCACAACUGGUGCUUGAUGGUGAACUCAAAGAGCUUGGUUCAGUUGGAGGACCUGAUCCUCAUGAAGAACCGAACUUCGAAGAACAUCAUUACGAGACGUUGCCUAAGGCAGAUGAGCUCUACGUCAAAGAACCGGUCAUCGAUGCAAAUACAGGUGCAGAACUCAAUCCAAAGAAGGUAGCGAAGGCACGAUUGACAGAACUCGAAUGGGUGAAGAAACAGAACGUCUAUACCAAAGUGGACGAAGCGACUUGCUGGCAAGAAACCGGAAGACCACCCAUCACGUUGAAGUGGGUAGACAGAAACAAGGGAGACAAUGUGAACGAGAACUACAGAAGCCGACUUGUAGUUCGAGAAGUCAAGUCUCAAGGGCAAGCAGCCUUGUUGCCUGAACAUGCGUUGUUCAGCAGUAUGCCGCCACUUGAGGCAGUGAAGCUUCUGUGUUCACUCAUGACCACUCUACGCGUUUCGCGAAGAGGAGGCAAACUGUCUUUGCGGUUGAUAGACAUCAGCCGUGCCCAUUUCUACGGUCGUGCAACUCGAAGAAUCUUUGUGACACUUCCAGAAGGAGACGAAUCUCCUGGAAAGUGCGGACUUCUACUCAAGACCAUGUAUGGAACCCGUGACGCAUCAAGUACUUGGCAAAGAGACUACAGCGAACUUAUGGCAAAGCACGAUUUCCGCGCUGGAAAGGCGUGGCCAUGCAUCUUCUACAACGAGAAGGAAGAUGUCAGACUUCUGGUGCAUGGUGACGACUUCUUUUGUUUGGCAGAUGACGAAGGCCAUGCGUAUCUAGACAAAGCUCUGAGCGAACGGUAUGAGUAUCGAUGUGACGGACAUAUCGGACCAACACAUGGAGACCAAAUGGUCGUGUUGAACCGUCUGAUCUGCUAUGACAAGGAGACCGGCAAGGUUACCUAUGAAGCAGAUCCCCGUCAUGUGGAAGCUCUAGUCAGAGAGCUUGGUUUGGAAAAGGCCAAGGCUGUAAGGACACCUGCGGAAAAGAAGAAACAGGGAGAAGUAAUGAAGACCCUAGAGAUGCCACCAAUGAACGACGCGAUGCAGCGAAGCUAUCGCUCAAUAACUAUGCGAGCCGCGUUUUUGGCACAGGAUCGGCCAGAUAUCGCGGAAGCCACAAAGAGCCUAGCCAGACACAUGAAAGCACCUCAUGAAGCUGCCUGGUCGGACUUGAAGAGGCUUGGAAGAUACCUGAGUGGAAAGCCAAGACUGGUAUACGAGUACCAUCCUCAACGAUUCCAAAAGGACCUGACCGUGUACUGUGAUUCAGACCACGCUGGUUGUCUCAUCACGCGGAGGUCCACAACGGGAAUUGUGACCAUGUAUGGCUCACACUGUAUCAAGCAUAGUUCCAACGUGCAGACAACCGUGAGUCUGUCGUCUGGAGAAAGUGAGUUCUACGCGAUAGUGAAAGCCAGUGCAGUUGGACUGAGCCAACAGGCCCUACUGCACGAUUGGGGUAUCCAAGUGAACCUACGCAUCCUCAGCGACAGCAGUGCCGCAAGGGGUACGUGCUCAAGGCAAGGUCUGGGGCAAACCAGACACGUACAAACAAGAUACCUAUGGGUUCAAGAGAAAGUAGCACGCAACGAGCUCAAGCUCGAGCGAGUCGCUACGGAAAAGAACCUGUCGGAUCUGUGUACGAAACCACUGCCUGAGAUUGCCGUUGAAAAGCACUUGAAGACCAUGGGUCUGAAGCACUACGAGAAAAGAGCUGAAGGAGGAAAGCAACUGGUGUGA